GGAGAACUGAGGACUCGGCAGGUGAGGGGUUAGGGUCAAUGCACUGCAGCGCUUGUGAGCCAGAGUAUGGGUUGUCACAAACAACUUCCUAACUACCUCCCUAACAACCUCCUAACUAACUCCGUAACCUCCUAACAACCUCCCUAACUACCACCUAACCAUUUCUUGAACACUUUGAACAUUGUAUAAACUUGUAGAGGCAUAGAUGGAGUCGGUUAGAGACCUGAGGGGAAGGGAAGUAGCGCCAGAGAGCGAGGCGCCAAUCACUGUUGGGAACGGUGACGUAAUGAAGCUCGUCGGCGGUGCAAAGAGGCGGUUUCGUCGGGAGCUUAACGGAGGAAGAGAAGGCUCUCGGACGAAACGGUUUCGUGGUGCGGUGACGUAAGGAAGGAGUUGCGGUGGUGAUUGGUCGGAGGAAGUAGACGGUGGAGGAAGCAGCCCGGCGUAGAGCAGAGCGGAUCUCAAAGGGGAAUUGGGGAGGGAUCGUCGCCAUCAAUCAGAUUUGAAAAAAAGUGGUGGCUCGGCUUUUUUUGGAAACGUUUUAAGGAUUCUUCUCAUCACUGGUACACGUGGAGAGACGACCGGUGGUGAUUGAUGGAAGAUGUUGACCGUAAAGUAUGGACCGUAUGUACAGUGUAUGUUGUAGUUAAUGGGCUUUGGGCUUUUAGUAUUUUGAAUAAUAUGGGCCCAAAAGUCCAUCAGAGACCAGGUCGAAAACAACAAAUGAACCUAGAGAAGACUGACUAGAACAACAAAACUGGUUCCUCCUCAUUCCUCCGAGUCUAGAUCUUCCGUCUCAAUUAGUUUACAGCUUUCCGACAGACUUAACGACAUGGCAGACGAUGAAGUUGUUGAUCCAAAGAAGUACCUUGAGGAGUCUUGCAAUCCAAAAUGUGUGAAGCCACUGCUUGAAUAUCAGGCGUGUGUGAAGAGAAUCCAAGGUGAUGACUCUGGCCAAAAGCACUGCACUGGGCAGUACUUCGAUUACUGGCAGUGCAUUGACAAAUGUGUAAGUUUCAGCUGGAUUAUGGCUUUUGCUCUUCACAUUUUCUUUUUUUUUUUGCAGUUUGAUACUGAGAUGAAUCUGGAUUUUGGAAUCUUCAGGUUGCACCCAAGCUAUUUACAAAACUGAAAUGAAACAAAGCGAAGGUGGAGUUGACAUUGUCUUUGAGUUGAUGGGAUAUAUAAAACGCAGUGGAUGUUGAACAUUUUUUCAUAACUGCAAACCUGAAUAAUGCCAAAUGGCUCUGCUUCUCGGUUUUGUUUCUAUCGCAAUUUGCGGUCAUUUUAUUGUUGCUGCAGACAUUGUUAUUGUGCUUCUUUUGAAGUAAUAAAAUGCCUAAUAAGUUAAUAACAAGUAUUUGUUACAUCUGAUACAUGUUCAAUAAGCAAGGAUUUACAUUAUCUCCCAUUCACAUUGUCUGUAUUU